UCACGCCUACCAGGAGCAACUCCAUUCUAGUCACUACCUUAUCGCGAGUGACUCGUUUCCUCUUCGGCACAGCAGAGGCGCAGUGACAGGCCCAGUUACCGGCAGCAGGGACCCGCUCUUCUCCGUCAGCCCGGCACCCGGUUCCAUCCUCCGCUCACCCUGAGCUGCUCCAUGGCACUGAAGAGAAUACAGAAAGAGCUUACUGACUUGCAGCGCGACCCUCCUGCCCAGUGCUCUGCAGGACCAGUCGGAGAUGACUUGUUUCACUGGCAAGCCACAAUCAUGGGACCUUCUGACAGUCCUUACCAAGGUGGUGUCUUCUAUCUCACAAUCCAAUUUCCAACAGAUUAUCCAUUCAAGCCACCAAAGGUUGCAUUCACGACAAAAAUAUACCAUCCAAAUAUAAACAGCAAUGGAAGUAUUUGCCUUGAUAUUCUGAGGUCGCAAUGGUCUCCGGCUCUGACCAUAUCAAAAGUUUUGUUGUCCAUUUGCUCCUUACUUUGCGAUCCAAACCCAGAUGAUCCUUUAGUACCAGACAUUGCACAGAUCUACAAGACAGACAAGGAAAAAUACAACAGAAUAGCAAAAGACUGGACUCAGAGAUACGCAGGCGUGUGAAGCCAUCAUCACACAUAGUCCAGUGUACUGUACAUUCUAGGUUUUUCAAGAUUAGAGGAAUCCAGGGCACAGUUUUACUGUUCCAGAGGGAAAAUAAAAAUGUUCAGACCUUUAAAUACUUCUCCAGAAGUUCCAAAAAUAUGUCUAAAUAUCAUUUAUGGGAGAAUUUCAUGCAUUUUUUUUUUUUUUUUUUUUUUUUUUUUUUAAAUAUAAAUUAGGGCUCAUUAGAGUGACCACCUAAAGUGUUAUAAGUUUCAUAUUGAGACCUGCAGCAUCAAUGAUAUGAAGUGUAUUCCUCAUCUGCGUUGGGCUUUGGUGUUAGGUAUAUUUGGUUUAUAGGACUCCUGUUGCCACCACUGUCUGGCCACAGUUCUUUACAAGUCCUGUUAACUUGAUUAAAGGGAACCUGUCACCUCCCAGAACCAUCCCAAGCCGCCAGCAGUACCUGCGUGUAGCCAGCAGCGUGUUUCUGAUGAUGCCUU